CGCUCAGGAAUGGAAUAGACGCCCUAGAAAACAAGAGUAUUGAAACAAUUGGCGCGCCAUGCUGAUUUUUUAGCUGGGUCACGGUGUUUGCAAAAAUCGGGCAAAGUCCAUCUUUAAACAAAAAGCCAAACACUUCAUCACCAAAUUCUCUGUCAUACUAGUGUGACAGGCUCAAUAAUCUAUCAUGGCUAUUGUGAACAAGUUAUUUUUUCAUUUAUUAUCAUUUAUGAGAAGUCAAAGUGUAUUCAAUUUAAUUGUGAUAUAUACUGUUGCUACCAUAAUUAUCUGGAGAUUAUUUUUUAAGAAGAAACGUGGUCCCAAUCCUUUUUCUAAAGAAUGUAUACGACCUCGAAGACCAUUAGUAGUGGAUAAAGAAAAAAGAGAUGCAGUGAUAAAGCAGGGAUUUACUGGAAAAAAGAUUCCCAAAGAUAUUGAUGUGAUUGUUGUUGGUAGUGGCAUUGGUGGUCUUUCUUGUGCAGCACUUCUUGCGAAAGCUGGGAAGAAAGUGCUUGUUUUAGAACAACAUGAUCAGGCUGGUGGAUGUUGUCACACAUUUAUUGAAAAAGGAUAUGAAUUCGAUGUGGGUAUACAUUACAUUGGUGAGGUGCAUGGUAACACCCUUACUCAGACUUUUAUUGACCAGAUAACAGAAGGACAGUUAGGAUGGGCGCCAGUUGAAGAUGUUAUUGACCGAGUGGAGCUUGGUGUUGGUGAUGAUAAUACCUCACAUGAUGUUUUGAAAGGCAGAGAAAACUGGAAACAGGAAUUGAAAAAUAAAUUUCCUAAUGAGCAUGAUGCAAUUGACAAGUUCUUUUGUGCAAUGAAGAAAGCUCGUCGUCUCUAUCCCCAAACAUUUUUAUUAAAAAUGUUACCCCUAUCGUUGGUCAAUGUGCUUCUCAAAACAGGAAUAUUUAAUUUGCUCUCCGAUUUACCAAAAUAUAUCAACAAAUCAACUGGCGAGUUUUUGGACGAGUUAACAAGUAAUAAACGAUUAAAAGCUGCGCUCUGUUAUUCGUUUGGAGAUUAUGGUACUCAACCAAGGGAAUCACCCAUCCUCAUGCAGUUAAUGCUUUUACAACACUACACUCAUGGAGGAUAUUACCCGAUCGGUGGAUCCAGUGAAAUCGCUUUCAACAUUAUACCAGUGAUUGAAAAAAAUGGGGGAAAGGUUUUAGUCCGUGCAAAUGUUACACAGAUCUUAAUAGAUGAAAAUGGAAAGGCCAAUGGUGUCUCCGUCAACAAAGGUGGAGAGGAUUUUAAAAUAUACGCUCCGAUGGUUAUAUCAGCUGCUGGUUACAUAAAUACAUUCGAGAAUCUCGUUCCUGAUUCUGUCAAAAACAACGUGGACAUUCAAAGCGUUCUAAAAAAGGUUCAAAGUGGAUGGGGCGCAAUAUCAAUCUUUGUUGGUUUGGACGGAACGAAUGAAGAGUUAAAUUUAAAGGCUACAAACACAUGGGCGAUGGCUGAAAUUGAUUUGGAUAAGGGUGUUGAUGAGUUUCUGUCAUUGCCAGCAGAAAAAGCUGGUGAGAGUGACAUCCCAUUGCUCUUCAUUUCCUUUCCUUCAACGAAAGAUCCAACUUGGAAUGAAAGGUACCCUGGAAAGUCUAACUGCACUAUUGUUACCUUAGUCAACUGGGAAUGGUUUCAAAAUUGGAAAGACGAAAGGGUUAUGAAAAGAGGAGAAAGUUAUGACGAGUUGAAAAUGCGAAUAGGAGAGAAAGCCUGGGAACAGACGCUGAAGUUUUAUCCUCAGUUAAAAGGAAAACGAAAGUACUUCGAUGUUGGCACUCCUUUAUCGAACAAGUAUUAUAUCGCAUCUCCCAAGGGUGAAAUCUACGGACUCGAUCACACCCUUAGUAGAUUUGAUCUUUCUGUAUCAGCACGCUUAAGAGCCAGCACGCCUGUUCCAGGGCUGUAUCUUACUGGACAGGAUGUGUCUACAUGCGGUUUUGCAGGGGCUUUAUAUGCGGGUCUGCUUACUGCUUCCACUGUCCUUAAUCGGAAUCUGAUCAACGACUUGAUUGCAGUGAAAAAAGAGGUUAAAAGAGAAGCAAGCAAGAAAAAAGAUUAAACAUGAUAUAGAAUAAUUUCAGAUCUUUGAAUAUUGUAUGUAAAGGCUAUUUCGCUAUUAAGGGUCAUUACCCAGCGGACGAUCUGCAACGAAAGUAAUUUAUUAAACCAAGUUAUCGAUAAAUAAGAAAUAUUCGAGUUCGGUUUUUAGUUUUUGUGUCAUUUUUUUUACCUUUUUUUGAAAUAAAAAAAGGUGUUAUAAAAUUUCAGCUCGAUUAAAAUUUAAAUUUUAAUCGAGCUGAAAUUUUAUAACACCUUUUUUUAUUCAAAUAUUUUUUUAAGCGUAAAUAUGUUUUGUUUCCGGUAAAAUUCUUGUUGAUCAACUUGGCAGCCUUUUCUACGCUAAUUAAACGCCAUUUGGAAUGAAUUUUCGCGAAAUUUAGUUACCGCUAAAAUCGUUACGUAACUCGCUAUUAGCGAAAUAUUUGGGCUUGUUAACUUCGCAAAUAUUAUUUCUUGAAAAAUUUUAAAAUAAAUCUUGUUAGAAUUUCUUCAUAUUAGCUAUUAUUCUGUGUUGUAUCUUUUUAUAACUAAAUAAAUUAAACUCCGAUUA